AUGACUUCUAAUGUAAAUAAAAAGAAUAAAUAUUAUAAUCUCGAUGAAAUUCCCUCAACUUUUCAAUGUACAGAACUUUCUUUAGUUGCUUCAACAUCAAAAAAUGAAUUAAUUUCCAACACCUUUACUUUUACAAAUUUAAUGGAAAUUGCUAAAAAAAUUUUAAAUUUAUUUAAAGAAGACAAGAAUCAGGUUAUUGGGGUUGUAAUGGAAAAAAGUGCUUUACUUGUUGGUGUUUUAAUUGGAAUAAUCAAAUCGAAAAAUUCAUUUAUUAUACUUGAACAAACAUCAACAGAAUUUACAUUAUCAAAAAUUAAACGUUUUAAAAUUUCCAAAAUUAUUUAUCAUUCUACAAAUUUACUUGAAGAAAUUUCAAUAAAAUCAUUUCCAAAUUCAAUUCAAAUUGAAGAAAAUUUAUUUUAUUAUGAUACGGGAUUGGAAGAAAAUAAUAAUUAUUUUGGAGAUGAAAGAAUUGCCUAUGCUAUACAAACUUCUGGUUCUACAGGCGAACCAAAAAUUGUCCAUGUUCCUUACAGCUGUAUAAUGCCCAAUAUUGACGAUUUUAUGUAUUUUUAAAAU